GCCCGCGGGGCGCACAGUUUCAGUCAGUCUGUUUCCCGCCUGCCGGCGUUCUGGUGCCGCAAUCAUGGUGGACGUAAUGGAGUUGCCCAAGUCGCGCAUCAACGCCAGCAUGAUAGCUCAGUUCAUCGAUCAGCCCGUCUGCUUCGUAGGGAAGCUGGAAAAGAUUCAUCCCACUGGAAAAAUGUUUAUUCUUUCAGAUGGAGAAGGGAAAAAUGGAACCAUUGAGUUGAUGGACCCUCUUGAUGAAGAAAUCUCUGGAAUUGUGGAAGUAGUUGGAAGAGUAACACCCAAGGCAACCAUCAUGUGUGCAUCUUAUGUCCAGUUUAGAGAAGAUAACCAUCCUUUUGAUCUUGGACUUUACAAUGAAGCUGUGAAAAUUAUCCAUGAGUUCCCUCAGUUUUUUCCUUUAGGGGUUGUGCAAUAUGAUUGAUCUUGGUGAAUUUUCUUAUGAUUUCAAAUGAGCUACAUCGAAGACUAAAGGGAGGCCCCUCUUAUUUGAGAGAGAGAUUUCUGUGAUUCCUAGUAUUUAAUUUGCUCUUUUUAAAAUUUUAUUUACCUAAUUUAGAUAUUAUAAUGUAUAGUUUUUGAUAGAACACCUUUAUCUUCUUAUAAAGAAUUACUUCUCCAAAAUGUGGUUGGAUUAGAUGCAAGAACAAAGCAGUUGUCUGAGUUUAGGUUUCUAUUUUAUUAAUAAAAAUUAAAAUUGUA